ACUCUGCUCAUCAGUUCUCACUCUGCCCAGCCUUGUUCGGAGCUCUGUCGGAGCUAAGUCAACUUUAAACCAACCAGUUUUUAACAGAUGAAGAUAAAGGCGGGUGCUGAGCUCCACAGACCUGAGGACCACCCUAACAUUAGCACAUUUUCCCCUCGCCUCAGACGAAGGAGGACGCCGGUCUCUAAUGUUAAGUACUACCGCGAGUGAGGGUGUACCAACUAAAGCUUCAGAGGACCUUGAUCGGGUGACCGAGGGAAAGGACAGAUGUACCACCAGGAGAAGGAUUUGAAAUGGUCUCGGCUUUAUGAUGGAACUCCAACUAGGACACUGUGAGAAGCAAUGUCUCUCUAUGAAACGUAACCCAGGCCUGUUCUCUGCCACCUCUCGAACAUGACUGCAGCUGAAGUUCUCAGAGGGUCCAGGAUGUUUGUGAAUUUUCGCAGGAUCAAAAAACGCCAAAUUCAGCAGCUGAUGAUGACCUGCCUUGCGUUAUCAGUGGUCAUGUUGUACUGGGAAAGUCUUGACAAUAAUAUAGUGAGUCAUAUAAAGUCCUACUCCUUACGGCACCUGCUUACCAACUUCGACUUCAUCACUGCCAACUUGACAAUUAGCCGUGAAGAAGCCCAGAAGUUUAGCAAUCACCGUUACCUAAUAAACCACGAGCGGAAGUGUGUCGACAAGGAUGUCCUGCUCCUGCUGUUUGUCAAGAGUUCACCGCAGAACUUUGAGAUGAGGCGGGCCAUUCGAUCAACGUGGGGCAACGAGGCCUACAUUGAGAAGACCUUGGGUGUUACAGUGAAAGUGGUCUUUGCUCUUGGCCUCCCCCCACAGCCCUUGCAGAGGAAGAAGCUGCAAAGGGAGCUGUUCCAGGAAGAUGAAAAAUACCACGAUUUGGUCCAGCAGGACUUUCUCGAUACCUUCCACAACCUGACCAUCAAGCUGCUCUUGCAGUUGGGCUGGACGCAUGCAUACUGUCCCCAUGCCCGAUUCCUCAUGUCUGCGGAUGAUGACAUCUUUGUUCACUUGCCCAACCUCAUCCACUAUUUGCAAGAGGUCGACCGGGCUGGGGUAAAGGACUUCUGGGUCGGGAAGGUACAUCAAGGUUCUCCUCCAAUUCGUAGCAAGGACAGCAAGUACUAUGUGUCUGAAGAGAUGUAUCCCUGGCUGAUGUAUCCUGAUUACACUCCUGGAUCUGGUUAUGUCCUCUCCAAAGACGUAGCCUCCAAGGUCUACCAGGCUUCCCUCACCCUGAAUGCCUCUCUUUACAUUGACGACGUCUUCAUGGGCAUUUGUGCCAACGCGAUAGGGGUUUUGCCCCAGGAGCAUGUCUUCUUUUCGGGAGAGGGCAGGGCCCCUUAUCACCGCUGCAUUUACAAGCAGAUGAUGACCUCGCAUGGGCAUGUGAAGGACUUUCAUGAACUCUGGAAACAUGCGACCGAUCCCGAAGUGCAGAAAGUAUCCUCGGGACCCUUUGGAAGACUUUACUGCACUCUGGCUAAAAUUGCACUGCUUUGUAAACCAUUUUUUGCAAAUGCUUAUCCAUGCAAAGCAGCAUUCUUGUAGGACACGGGACUUGGUUUAGUAUGAAAUCACUUGGGGUUCCCCGCCUUGCUAUUUUAAUACCUUGCCACUUUCUGCUCAGAGAGCAGGAGUCUUUUUUUUUGGUAGUAUUUUUAUGUGUCACUUGGAUUUUUUGGGCCAUAAAUUACUUUUAAAUGUCAUCGCUGUCAUGACGCAUAAGAGCAGUUAUGAGUAAGCAAUAUCCUUGCAUUUCACUUUGUCAAAUCUAUUCAGAAAGUUUUGUUUUCUUACAGAUAUUGAAGGGUUAUUUUUCAUGAUCAUAAGCACUUCUGUUGUGCCUUUUUAUUUUUCCAACACCUCGAGAGAAACCAAGGCACACCCUUGAGAGUC